CUUAUGGUGCCAUUGAAGCACAGUACAUAAGGAGGCACCAUAGGCAUGAACCUAGGGACAACCAGUGCACUUCUGCACUUGUCAAACACAUAAGAGCUCCUGUUCAUCUUGUGUGGUCUCUGGUGAGAAGAUUUGAUCAACCUCAGAAAUAUAAACCAUUUGUUAGCAGGUGUAUCAUGCAAGGGGACCUUGGCAUUGGUAGUGUUAGAGAAGUGAAUGUUAAAUCUGGUCUUCCAGCUACAACCAGCACUGAGAGGUUAGAACAACUUGAUGAUGAAGAACACAUUCUUGGCAUAAGAAUUGUAGGAGGUGAUCACAGGCUGAGGAACUAUUCUUCCAUAAUCACAGUUCAUCCGGAGGUCAUUGAAGGAAGACCUGGUACAAUGGUGAUCGAAUCGUUUGUCGUGGAUGUGCCCGAUGGCAACACCAAGGACGAAACUUGCUACUUUGUGGAGGCCUUGAUCAGGUGCAACCUUAGCUCUUUGGCUGAUGUCUCAGAAAGGAUGGCUGUGCAGGGCCGAACCGAUCCAAUCAACCAGUAACUAAGUACCUCCUCGGUCGAAAGAAGUUGGGGUUCAAUGGUUUAGACGAUCCGUGGUGGAGACAUGUUAAGAGUAUAGCUAAUACUUUCCAUGUUCCGCAGAAGUUUUGGAUGUUUUUUCUUCUAUAAUCACGGAUACUAGUCCCCUGUUACCAUUUCUCCUAAAAGUUCUUAGCUCUGUAAUCCUCUUCCGAAGCUGAGUUUCUCUUUUUUCGCCUUUUGUAUGAUGAGAUCCUUGCUUCAAAUGAUGAGUACUUAGAGAUGGUAAUGGGGAAGCUGCAUUUUCUUUGCUUAUGUUCUUCUUCCUGGGUUUAGUGGAUGAUGAUCAUCAUCAUCUUGGUGUGUUACAACACUUAAUUCUGUAAAUAUUUUUGUUGGAGAAGGAAGACAUUUUCUUUAGUCUUUUCACCUUUCAUGUUUUGUGUUUCAUUAGCAACUAUAGCAAUAUUUUAAUGGAUAUUGCUUUAUUAAUUUGGUA